AUGUUCGAUGAGGAAGCCCCGCAGCACAUUACAGAACGCUCAUAUGUUCAAAAGGGCAAGAGGGCUAAGACUUUUACCGGUUGCUGGACUUGCAGAUCAAGAAAGGUUAAGUGUGAUCUUCAAAGGCCAAAUUGUGGAAGAUGCGAAAAAUCCGGCUUGGAUUGCGGUGGUUAUGACAUCAAAUUACGAUGGUCGAACCCCGUUAAGUUUGAUCCAUAUGGUACCCAGUUGAGUACAACACCUGUGGGUAGUUUGAAUGAUGAACCUCAGUAUCGACGACGCAAUAUCGAAUAUGUAAGAUACAAAGAAGAAUACCAAUAUUAUGAGGAUAUGGAUGAGGAACUCACCGCUCUGCACAAACCUCCCUCUGAUAAAAUAGCAAAUGGGGAGACGUGGAUCAUAAAGAAAUUUGGUGUUUUCAAAGGGAUAGAUAGCCCCGCCGAACCCUCCAAAACUAAAUGGAGGCGAUUGGCAACUCAAUCAAAACCUCCAAAGGAUGAAGAAGCAUCGAAUUUGUACAAGAGCAAUGUUGAGGCAAGACCGUUUGACUUCCUCGAAGACGACGCUUUUUUUAUGAAUUUUCCUUCCACUAAUGAGUGGAUCUCAAAAGAACUCAGGGACGAUGUUUUAGUAUCAGCCUCGGCUCUGCAAGAGUUUCCAAUUAGUGGAAUGCCAUUGUCAUCGGGGUCUGUUACGUCGGCGACUCCUCUCGAAGAGGAACCUAAUCAAAAGGACGUGGAAGACUUUGAGGCGGGAAAUAAUAUGACUCCCUCUCACGGCCAAAACGAUGAACAGGUUUUGCAACAAGCUUUGCAAGUGCUAUUGCAUAGGCACAUUCCUUUUGAUACUCCAGUUUCUUCCACUGAUGAACGCAUCGGAAGUGAGGAGGACACAACGCCUACGUUCCAGGAACAAAUAGGUAUUAAGCGUCCAAUACUUGGAUCAGCUAUGCCGAGAGCUGCUAUGGAGAUAGUAGAUUCCCCAAUACCUGAUCCCAAAAUUUUCAACUCUCCAGACAAUAAGAACCCAUUAUUAAACUUACCAACAACCGGCCUGCAUGUACAUGGCCUAACUAGGUUUUUAUUGGACUAUUAUAUCGAGAACGUCGCACAUUUAAUGACUGUUGUGGCUCUAGAAACGAAUCCAUGGAAAACUCUGUACUUCCCUCGCGCUUUGCAAGCAGUAGGUGACUUAGCUGGACUUGGUUACGCAUCCAACUCCAGAAAUUCCAUACUUAAUGCUCUCCUGGCCAUUGCAUGUUUUAAUGUGAGUAGCAAGUUCCCGAGAAGAACACCGGAAGCUCAGUUCUUUCUCAACCUUGGCAUAGAAUUCAGGAAGCAAGCUUCGACCUUUCUGAAAAGGUGCAUGAAAACAACAAUCAAGAACGAGAAGUACAAGGAUGUUUUGACAGCAAUGCUGUCGAUGAACUCCAUAGACGUUGUUUGGGGUACCAUGUCAGAGUGUCAGUAUCAUUUGACAGUCUGUGAGGAUUUCAUCGAGGCAAGAAUGAAAGAAAGACCUAAAAUAUCGGAGAAGGCAAAGACGCUUCAUCGACUUUUCUCCUUCCUCAAGUUGAUUCAGGAUAGCACCGCUUUAGAUAAAGUUAAGGAGAAGGAGAUUACAAUAAAAGAUCGCCAGAAAGGUCAAUCAACAGGUAAGAGUAUGACGCAGAGUGAUAACAGGAAUGGUUUUCUCAGCCGAUGGCAAGCUGGAGACGAGAUAACCAAACAUAUCCGUUUGUUUACAGAGGUGCUAGAUGAAAGCACUGGCAAAAUCAGAAUGAAGCAUCUAAAGGUACCGGUCGAUAAUCCAUCUGGAAGCGUUCCAAAAUUUAAAGAUUAUACUGGCGGAAAGUACAUUCAUACAAAUCAAAGAAGCUCUAAGAGCAAUGCAUUAAAUACAGAUGACUUAUACGGUCUGCCGAAAUCGUUGAUCUCAUUAUUUUCUGAUUGUGUGUGUUUGGCAAGGCACAACGAGUACUACAAAAGGAACUCAAUAUCUAAUUCUCAGGAAUUUGAUGACGUAUGCUCGAACUUUGAGGAUGAGCUAAUUCACUGGAAAUCAGAAUGGCAGUUUUGUGAGAAGGGCAGCAAAGAAUUUAUUAACUUUACCAUAGAGGGUGUCUAUCAUCACACCAUGAGUUUUUACUAUGGUUUAGUGAUAUACUACUCUACAAUGGUAAGAGACUUACCUCAUCAGCAUUUGCAGCCAUAUGUGGCAAAAGUUCUUCACCAUCUAGAAGCUUUAGACGUGCUGGUGGAGACCAAAGAUGUGAAAAUAGUGCCACUGUUUUGGCAGGGUUUCAUAGCUGGGUGUGGAAGCGUGGAUGGAAAGACCCAGGCUGGAUUCAGAACUUGGGCCGCCAAACUGUCCACGAAUGGGAUUGGAUCUUAUUGGGGUGCGCGGCAAGUGAUGCUUGAAGUUUGGAGGCGUAGGGAGAAUAAAAUGGCAGAAGAUAAUUGGUACACAGUUUAUAGAGAUUGGGAGAUGAACCUCAUGUUGUCGUAG